UCGCCCGUCUCCCCCCUCGUUCCUGGACCUGUUCCUGCUUGGCAUCAUCACGCAUCACACAGCAAUACCAGGACUCUCGCUUGUUUCCUAGAGAUCACUCGCUACAUCUCUACGCUUUGGUUCCCGCAUUAAUCACACACAAACCAACAACACCACCAACAACUCAUUCACAAUGAAGUCUGUCGCUGUUGCCAUCCUCGCCUCGGCCGCCGUCGCCGUCGCCGACUACGCCGUCACCACUCCCACCUACCCGGUCUACCCCACCGAGACCGAGUCUGAGUGCAGCGACGAGGAGUCUUCCACGGUCUACAGCACCGUGACCUACCCGUACUACAACACCACCACGACCUCGGUGGUGUACCCCACGUACCCUACGUACCCGGUCGAGUCGUCCAGCGAGACCUACGAGACUUACGUGCCUACCACCUACGACACCUACGUGCCCACGUAUGAGCCCACCACGUAUGAGCCUACCACCUACGAGCCCACCACGUACGAGCCCACCACGUAUGUGCCUACCACCUACGUGCCUGUUCCCACUGGCACCGGCGGUACUGUCUACCCUACCGCCAACACCACUCUGCCCACCUACUACCCCCCGACUACUCUGUCUUCGCACACUCCUGUGCCUCCCACCUACGUGCCUACCACUGUUCCCUCCGGCACCACCCCCGGCGUUCCCAGCGUUCCCAGCAUUCCCACCGCUGGCGCCGCUGUCAACAGCGUCGGCAUGCUCGCCGUCCUCGGCGCUGUUGCCGCCUACUUCCUGUAAGCGUCUGCUCCCACGAGCACGCGCGCACACAGGCGUCUUGCGCGGGUCUCUCACGACCUAAGCAACGACACAAAACACAAAUCACAUUCGCUACACUCCUUUGAUUAAAGCGUCACUGAACUUUUGCACCAAAACCGGCGUUGGCGGCGCACAUCCUCUUCGGGCGUGAGAGAACCAUUUUUGGGACCAAGGGUUCGGCGCGGAUUCACCAAAUUAGAUCACGACGGGAAUAUUUUAUGGCUUGUUGGAGAACCCCCUACCGUAGAUAGGAAACUUCAUUUUUUGGAAACGCGAACGAGAUAUCAUGACCGCAUCAAGACUGAUGACGACGACGGGAUUCAUGAUUGGGGGGAGGGAAUGGAUACGUAAUUAUUAAUUAUACUUUGCUGGGAAAUAUAAACCCCUUUCACACACA